GCCUCUAUUUAUGAACACAUGUUUGCAUUCAUUGUGUGUUUGUUGUGGUCAACCAAUUGUCACUCAACUGAUCCACUCAUUCAAUGAUUAAUUAGUGUCAAGAGUUGAGUGCAAUGUAUGUAUUGGUAGAGUUGGAGGACUCCAUCCGUAUUCCUCCGCAUCUGUUUGCCAUCAGUCAGAGGGAAGCCAUUAGUGAUGAGUUGAACCGAAAGCUCGCCAAUCGGGUUAUCAUAAACACUGGACUUUGUAUUUGUCUCUUCGAUAUCACCAAAAUCGACAAAUCAUUUCUCUAUCAAAGCGAUGGCGCGACCCAUACCUCAGUGGAGUUCCGGUUUGUGGUGUUCCGGCCAUUCAUUGGCGAAGUAAUUGUGGGCAAAAUCAGGUCCUGUUCUCGCGAUGGAGUCCUCGUCUCUUUGGGCUUCUUUGACGACAUCCUAAUACCUCCUCAUUAUCUUCAGGACUGCUCUCUAUUUGACGAGAAGGAGCAGUUGUGGUACUGGGAGUACGAGUCCAACAAACUCUUUAUGGAUAUCGGAGAGAAGAUUAGGUUCAAAGUGAAGGAAGAGCUCUUCACCGACACUUCGCCCGCCGGACCCACAGCUGCGGCCAAUGAGUCGACGGCUUUGUCCGAAAAUAAGCGCAAAAUUCCGUAUUUGAUUAAAGGAACCAUCAAUGAGUCCGGUUUGGGCCUCAUCUCGUGGUGGAAGGAAUGA